CUCGGGGCGGCUGGGAGCGGCUGGGCUCGGGGCGGCUCAAAGCGGUUCGGUUCGGUUCGGUUCGGCUCGGUUCGGUUCGGUUCGGCUGGGCUCGGCUGAGCUCGGCUCGGGGCGGCUCAAAGCGGUUCGGCUCGGCUCGGCUAGGCUCGGGGCGGCUCGGAGUGGUGCGGUUCGGCUUGGCUCGGCUCGGCUGGGCUCGGAGCGGAGCGGAGCGGGCGGCGGGGGGAAGAUGGAAGGAGCCUCCUUCGGAGCGGGCCGGGCCGGGGGGGCCAUCGACCCCGUGGAUUUCUUGAAGCAGCCGCAGACCAUCCUCCGGGUGACAACCUGGAUCUUCUCCAUCGUGGUGUUUGGCUCCAUCGUUAACGAGUGCUACGUGAACAAGGACAGCCAGAACCCCGAGCUGCUCUGCAUCUUCAACGAGAACGAGAGCGCCUGCGGCUACGGCGUCGCCGUCGGCAUCAUCGCCUUCUUCGGCUGCAUCUUCUUCCUCGUGGUGGACCUCUACUUCCAGCAGAUCAGCAGCGUCAAGGACCGCAAGCGGGCGGUGCUGCUGGACCUGGGCUUCUCAGGUUUCUUGUCUUUCCUGUGGUUUGUAGCCUUCUGCUUCUUAGCAAACCAGUGGCAGAGGACGACGAUGAGCAGAGGGGUUUCGCAAGGAGCAGAUGCUGCUCGGGCAGCCAUCACCUUCUCCUUCUUCUCCAUCAUUGUCUGGGCGGCGCUGGCGCUGAAGGCCCUGCAGCGGUACCGCCUGGGCACGGACAUGUCGCUGUUCGCCACCGAGCAGUUCGCGGCCGACGCCAGCGCGGCCUACCCCGGCUACCCCAGCGGCAGCGGCGUGGAGAGCACGGACACCUACCAGAGCCCUCCCUUCACCGAGACCUUAGAGGCCAACCCCAAAGGUUACCAAGUGCCAGCGUACUGAGGGGCAGGGCUGGGGCGAGGCAGCCGCCGCAGGGAGCCGGGCGGUGCCCAGUGUGUCCAGCGCCAUUCCCUCCGCCAUGUGGCCAGGCGGUGCCGGGCUCCUUACUAUUAGCUAGUUGUGCAGUGGGGUCUGUACAGUGGUAUUGGUUCUUGUCUUACCUGGUGCCAGGGGUUUCUAAAAGCAGUGUUCCCUCUAAGUCCAAAGGAAGGAAGGAAGGAAGGGAGGGAGGUUGCUACCACAUCACCCGCACGUAGCCGGCGCCGAGCCGAGGCCCUCCCUGAGGCUUGACGCCAGGCGAGCGGCGCUGGGCUCUGCCCAGCACCCAGCACAACGCCAGGUGACUUCCCUUAGGGAACUGAGGAGCUGUCGGAUCGUCUCUGCCAGGGCUCACACAGAAGCCAGCUCCCGGCGCCGAGGGUUGACCUCGGCGGGAGGCUCUUUACCGUCAGAGUGGUGGAGCGCUGGAGCAGGUUGCUCGGAGCUGUGCUGGGGGGCCCAUCUCUGAGGACACCCAAGGCCAAGCCUGGAAGGGAGCAGCCUGAUCUAGGUGGAGAUCAGGAGCAACCUGAUCUAGGUGGAGGUCAUGGUGGGAUGGAGAUCAGGAGCAACCUGAUCUAGUUGGAGAUCAUGGUGGGAUGGAGAUCAGGAGCAACCUGAUCUAGUUGGAGGUCAUGUUGGGGUUUGAGAUCAGAAGCAACCUGAUCUAGUUGGAGAUCAGGAGCAACCUGAUCUAGGUGGAGGUUGUGUUUGGGUUGGAGAUGGUUAUGUUUGGGUUGGAGAUGGUUGGAGAUCAGGAGCAGCCUGAUCAAGUUGGAGGUUAUGUCAGGGUUGGAGAUCAGGAGCAACCUGAUCAAGUUGGAGGUCAUGUUUGGGUUGGAGAUCAGGAGCAACCUGAUCUAAUUGGAGGUCAUGUUGAGGUUGGAGAUCAGGAGCAACCUGAUCUAGUUGGAGGUCAUGGUGGGGUUGGAGAUCAGGAGCAACCUGAUCUAGUUGGAGGUCAUGUUUGGGUUGGAGAUCAGGAGCAGCCUGAUCUAGUUGGAGGUCAUGUUUGGAUUGGAGAUCAGGAGCAGCCUGAUCUAGUUGGAGGUCAUGUUGGGGUUGGAGAUCAGGAGCAACCUGAUCUAGGUGGAGGUCAUGUUUGGGUUGGAGAUCAGGAGCAGCCUGAUCAAGUUGGAGGUCAUGUUGGGGUUGGAGAUCAGGAGCAACCUGAUCUAGUUGGAGGUCAUGUUGAGGUUGGAGAUCAGGAGCAGCCUGAUCUAGUUGACUGCAGGGGGGGUUGGACAAGAUGAGCUUUGGAGGUCCCUUCCACCCUCAUGCAUCCUGGGUGCAGGUUGGUGGUGGAGCCUGCCCCAUGCUGCGCCCAGCGCAGAGCUUCCCUCUGAGGUGUUCCAUGGAAGGUGCCAAAGCGAGCAGGAGGUGAGCAGUGGCUGUGUCACUCUGCUGCUGUAAAUGUUUUGCUGUACAAAACCCAAAAGGCCAAGCAGGUCUUUGGACCUGAGCUGAGGGACAAGUGGCAUGGGGGAGUGGUGGGCACAUGGUGGGUUGGGGGUUCUGCUGAGUAUCCAAAAUGACUUUUUGUGUGCUUAGGCAGGCUUGAGGGAGUCAAACCCAAAGGAAAGCUGUUGAGCCAUGGCUGGCUGUGAAUCCAGGGACAGCCUUUGAGCAGGGCAAGCACAGCACCUUGUGGGUCUGCUUCUUCACCCAGAGGUUUGCAGCCUUUUACAUGGAGCUUUUGGUUGGCAACAUUGAGCUGAGGCUCGAACCCAGGUGCUGCCAGCAGGAGAGUGUCUCAGUGACCAAAGCCCAAGGAAGUUAGGAGUGGCUUUGAGCUUGUAGUUUCAUAGUGAGGGCAGCCACCCUCUGUCUCCAGCUGCAGCAGAACCUCGGCCUUGAAGGUACCUUUUACCCUGUGCUCUAGAGAUGAGGAAUUCAGGUGGAGAACUGGAAGGACUUCAUGCUGAAGGUCCAGCACUGGGGACCUCGCAGCCCUGGGUUUGCAGGUGGUGGGAGAGAGGACUGAGGAGCACCCACAGAAGAUGCUCAGGUUUGGUUUUCAGCUGCAAAAGUCAUCCAAAAAGGUGUCAAACCCAGCAGGGUCCCAUCAGGAACCUGCCUGCUUUCCACACCAAGCUGAAACUUGAAUUCCCACCACCUUGGUGGCAGCUCCAUCCUUAGAGCCCCCCCCCCCAGCUGUCCCACUCCCCAACUUCCCAAGGAGCUGGGUUUCACCUUGCUGGUUUUACACCAGGAAAGGUUGUGUGCUGCCUUCUGACCUUGUGCCAAGCAAUAGUUACCCACUGCCCCAGCUCUCCUUGGAGCAAAGCCACCCAGCAGCUUUCCUGCCACCAUUAGGACAACUCCUUCCUGCUGAGGACCACCUUAAUUGGGCAGCAGAGCCCAUCAGGAGCCAACUUAGCAGUGACAAAGGACAGGACUUGGCUCCUCUGCUCUUGCUGCGGGGUUAAAGAUGCGCUGGCAGCACUCUGUGGGCACUGAGCUGCUCCUGCUCCAGAAGAUUUCAGUGAGGGCACUUUUCAGGCAGUGUUUCCCAGCUCAGACACUUCUGCCAGGCUGCUGCAGCCUUGGCCACACGUGGUGGCACCAAGGAGGGGGCUACAGGGGAGCUGCAGAGGCACUUCUGGUAAGGGCCUGUUCUGACAGGACGAGGGACGAUGGUUUGAAACUAGAACAGGAGAGCCCAGGGAAGUUGUGGGCACCUCACGCCUGGGAAUGUGUGAGACCAGGCUGGAUGAGGCCUUGAGCAGCCUGCUCCAGUGGGAGGUGUCCCUGCCCAUGGUAAGGAGAUUGGCACUGGCUGAUCUUUAAGGUCCCUUCCAACUCAAGCCAUUUUAGGAGUCUAUGAAGACCCAGUGUCCCACCGUGGUCUCCACCAUGGCUUUCCCCAUGGUGGCAGCACCCAGUCUGAGGUCCAGGUGCUGUCAGGCUAUGUAGUGCUCAGCCCUGCUGCCUGCAGCAGAGGCAGGAGCAUCAGCCAGGAGGAUUCUGCACUGCUUUAUCAGAGCUGUCACCUGCCUGGCUAAUGCAGGGAGUGACCCGGGAGCAUCUGUGGGUGGCUUGUGCCAGCAGGGCUUGGUUGGCAGUGAGACAUCCUUGUACUAUGGAAAACAAGAGGAGAAACCUUUGGUGUGAGGGUGCUGGAGCCCUGGAGCAGGCUGCCCAGAGAGGCUGAGGAGUCUCCUUGUCUGGAGAGCUUCAAAACCCAUCCAGGCAUUGUGAUCCUGGGCAAGCUGCUGUGGGUGCCCUGCUUUAGCAGGGAGGUUGGACUGGAUGAUCUCCAGAGGUUCCUUCUAAACCCACCUGAACAUUAGAUCAGCCUGGUCUACUGGGAGCUGUCCUUGCCUGUGGCAGAUGGGGUUGGAACCAGAUGAUCAUUAAGGUCCCUUCCAACCCAAACCAUUCUAAGACCCCAGGUGAGCUGCUGUGGGUGCCCCUGCUUUAGCAGGGGAAUUGGAACCAGAUGAUCAUUAAGGUCCCUUCCAACUCAAACCAUUCUAAGACCCCAGGUGAGCUGCUGUGGGUGCCCCUGCUUUAGCAGGAGGGUUGGAACCAGAUGAUCAUUAAGGUCCCUUCCAACUCAAACCAUUCUAAGACCCCAGGUGAGCUGCUGUGGGUGCCCCUGCUUUAGCAGGGGAAUUGGAACCAGAUGAUCUUUAAGGUCCCUUCCAACUCAAACCAUUCUAGGACCCCAGGUGAGCUGCUGUGGGUGCCCCUGCUUUAGCAGGAGGGUUGGAACCAGAUGAUCUUUAAGGUCCCUUCCAACUCAAACCAUUCUAAGACCCCAGGUGAGCUGCUGUGGGUGCCCCUGCUUUAGCAGUGGGGCUGCACUGGAUGAUCUCCAGAGGUCCCUUCCAACCCCUCCACCAUCACCACCCCAUGCUGGGAUUCUAGGAUAGAGCAGAGCAGGGAAUCCCAAAGGCCUGAGGAGACUGCAGAGGUGUUGUGGAGUCAGCCUCGCUGCGGGGAGGGGGCAGAGGGGCUGUGAGAAGGGCUGGGGUGGGGGUAGACCUUGUAGCAAUAUUUUCCUUAGAGGGAACACUGCAGUUUUAGCAGCACAACCAGGACUUGUGUUAAUAUUUUAGCAACCAUUAUAAUCAAUUUAAAUGUUUAAAUUGAUUGUCUGUGAAGAUAAUGUUUGUUCAGUACCUUGUAAAGUUGAUUUCUUGGGGAUUUUCUUUCUGGGGUGGGGGGGAUGGGGUGGGGUUGUUUGGUUUGGGUUUGGGUUGUUUUUUUGUUUGUUUGUUUGCUUUUCUUUUUUUUUUUCAUUUCCUAACUAUAUAAAAACUGUUCCAGAGGUUUGUUUUGGUUUUUUUUUUUCCCUUGUAUCCAAGCUCUGUCCAGCUGCAGGACAUGUCCUGAGCCCUGGUGUAACCAUGCUGAAUAUUACAACAUCUGAAUGUA